AUGGAUGACAAGUCUGUUUGGCCCCCACAUAAGAUAUUGUGUGCGUCACAAGAGAUUACGUUUAUCCAGUUGAUGGUCCCGACCGCGGUCGGCGUGCGUUGCAAAGCUCGGGAGGGCGGGACGGGGGAGAAGAAAAGGAAGGUAAAUAACAGCAAGACAGCAACCUAUAGACAGAUAUAUACGGGAGUAGAUCAGCUGGAGGAGGCGAAGAGGAGAAGGGAGAUGAGGAAUCCCUUGGGGUCGUUGGCUGCGGAGGAGGGGCAGCAGCAGCGGCGGGGAGUGUCGACGCCCACGCCGUGCUGCAGCAAGGUGGGAAUGAAGCGCGGCCCGUGGACGGCGGAGGAGGACGAGGUGCUGGCUAGCUUCGUGAGGAGGGAGGGGGAGGGGCGGUGGCGGUGGCGGACGCUGCCCAAGCGCGCCGGGCUGCUCCGCUGCGGCAAGAGCUGUCGCCUCCGCUGGAUGAACUACCUCCGCCCCUCCAUCAAGCACGGCCCCAUCACCCCCGACGAGGAAGAUAUGAUCCUCCGCCUCCACCGCCUCCUCGGCAACCGGUGGUCGCUGAUAGCUGGGAGAAUACCGGGGCGCACGGACAACGAGAUCAAGAACUACUGGAACACCCACCUCAGCAGGAAGCUCAUCAAGCAAGGCAUAGAUCCCCGCACCCACAAGCCCUUCACCUUCUCCACCAAUCCCAACCCGACUCUGCCAUCAACGCCACCACCACGUCAUCCUACCGCGAACCCCGAUCCCACACCUUUUGCUCCUCCAGCACCGGUCACCACUGGCGGCGGCUACUUCAACGUGGGAUGCCAGAACAGCGAGGAAGGGAGGAAGGGAGCCGAUGGCUGCACUGUUGAUUUCUUCUCUGAUAUCUUUGAUCCCUUCAUCCACGAUGACAUCUUGAUGCAGCAGCAUCACAAUGCUGUCAACAAUCACACUGAUAACAGCAACAGCAACAGCAACAACAAGCUCGUUGAGAUGCUUGAUCCUAUGGGUGCAUCACUGGUUCCAAGCUUUGGGUUUGAAGGUCUGUGGGAAGAUCCCUUCACUUACUUUGGUUAGCUUGGAUCAAAGGUCACGCAGGCAAGUAAAUCCAGCUAUCUGUUCUGAAUCUCGAGAACUAUGUGUUGUGUUGCAUAGCAAUUCAGCAAGUUAAAGGUGUUCAUUAUGUCCAAUGGAUUAUGUUCCGAUUCCAAAUAUUGUCUUAUAUAUGUCAUUCGAAACCUUUGAUGACUAUUUUCUCUGUAAAAUCUAUUAUUCGUUCAAAGAUUUCAUUGAUUUCUGCAUCAUCA